AUGACACCAGUUACUCGACAAGAAGUUCUUGGUCUUUACCGCAAGAUAUUCCGAAUAGCCAAGAAAUGGCAGUCAGUGUCAGGCCAGAUAGAAGAGACCAUGAAAGAGAGAGAGUACAUUGAAAAUGAAGCCAGAACCUUGUUCCGAAAAAACAAAAAUGUGACGGAUCCAAAGUUGAUUAAGCAGUGUAUAGAAGAAUGUGAGGCAAGAAUAGAAAUUGGACUUCACUAUAACAUCCCCUACCCAAGACCUAUCCAUCUGCCUCCUAUGGGUCUUGCCCAUAAACAAGGGCGUACGUUGCGACAUCAAGAAAAGUUAAGGAAGAUUUCUAAGCCAAUAUACCUGAAAUCCCAUGAUGAAGUUUCAUAACCCACCAUUUAAGCUGUGAUGUAUAAUCAUAUCACUUAAGCUGUGGACUGUCACACAGGUGAUUUGUGUGCACAACUGUGAAUUAACCUGUUUGGGUCACUUGCUCACAUAUUUCCUGAGGCCAAAAUACAUGGCAGAUGAUGGGUAAGUUUGGUCCACUAUUUAUUACAUUUGAACCACUGACUCAUCAAUAAAAGGAGCACUUUUCAAGGA